GACGUAUUAUUCACGCGACUGUACCGCGCGGUGUUUGGUUCGAGGGAUUCAGUUUCUGUUUUUUGCUCUUUUAUCGCGUUAAUAGCUUUGGAGACAAACUAGUAAUACAGUUUCGGAGCUUUUGGGCUGUCAGGGGGGCACAAAGUAUGUUUAGCCCCAGAACUGUUCCAGGUUCCGGUCGCCGGCCGCAGGGCCGAACCCCCGGGAGGAAGAGCCUCUCUGGGCCGGCCAACAGCCUGCUGUUCUCCCCGCGCAGGACGCCUCUGUCGGCGAGGUCUACUCCCACACGCGUGCAGAGCCACGCAGCCGCAGAAACCAUCAACUAUGACGUUCAGACAUUCGGUUCCUCGCUGCCCGUCAAAGUGAUGGAGGCUCUGACCAUGGCUGACGCUGAUGAGCGCAUCUCCGUGAAGGUGAAUGAGAGCGGAUGGGCCUGGAUGGUUUGUGGAGAAAGUCUGAUCAUAUGGAAGAUUUGCCAAACCGCCGUCGCAAAGUUAUCCGUUUGUAAGGAGCUGCAGCUGCCCAGCAGUCAGUACGAUUACUCCGCCGACCUCGUGGCCGUGACCUCCGCCGCUCCUCUGGAGACGGCUCUUGUUCAGUCCAUCUCUGUCCUGGCGGUGACGGCAGAAGGAUCGGCUCGUUUCUGGCCGAGUCUGGCCCAUGAGGGAAACUACAAGGAGUCAGAUGUGGAUCUGGGAGAUCUCUGCAACUUUGUUGUUGCCGUCAGAGGUGGAAGCUUCGUUUUGUCGACCGUCAGGAAUCAGCUGCUGAGGACGAGUGCCGAUUCCUCUGGGAAGCUGCAGCAUCGAGCUCUGCAGCAGGGUCAGGGCAUGCUGUCCGGCAUCGGACGCCGCGUCUCUAGCCUGUUUGGCAUCCUGUCCCCGCCAGCCAAUGACACUCUCCACAGCGUGCUGUGGGUGGAACAAACCAGCUGCCUGUACGCGCUGACCUCCUCCAGCCUGAGCAAGUGGGAGGUGGACGACAGCUCAGAGCGGCACAUCUUCAGCUGGGACACCCGCAGAGCUCUGACCGAAAGCAUCACCGACUCCAUCUGGGGCUCCGACAGUAACUUCCAGGAGAUGAAGGAGGGAGCAAACGUGGACUAUCUGGACAUGAAGCUCAGCCAAGCCGGUUUGGUGAUCCUAGCUGCCGCCUGGCACCCGGCGGACUCCCCCUGCCUCGUCUACUUCUGCCUCAUCACACUGCAGGACGACGGCGCCUCCAUCUCUGACCAGUUCAGUGUGGAGGUGACCAAGUACUCCUGUCCUUUCCAGAGCGAGGCGGCGCUGCAGGCCACCCGCUUCCUGUUGCCGCGCUCUCCUGGCUUCACCGCCUUCUUGUACAACGAGGAGCUGGUGUUCGCCUGCUCCACGGGCACCAACAGGGCCGCCGUACCUGACGAGAAACUCAGCUUCAGCUCUCCAGGUGACGGUGUGCGUGGCGGGGGCUGCUGCGCCGACCUGCCGGUGUUUUUCUCCCAGAACAGCGGCCUGUUGGCGGUGGUGGCCAGAGAGAGCGCCUCCAUCCUGCCGGAGACCAUGGAGGACUCGCUGUGCUCGUCUCUGGCUGCAGCUCCGGAGGUUUCUAUCAUGGAGACUCCGAGCAAGGCGGAGCUUGUGGCUCAGGAUGACAAAACCAAACUGCUGAAGGCCGCCUUCCUGCAGUUCUGUCGGAACGACCUGGUUGGAGCUCAGACGGUCAUAGACGAGCUCUUCCCUGCCGACGGCGAUGCAGAGGAGGGGGCGGAGCUGGACGCCAUCGUGACUCAGAUCAACCUGGAGCUGGUGGACGAUUACCCGGCUUCAGACCCCCGCUGGGCCGAGUCCGUCCCAGAUGAGAGCGCCGGCUUCCCUCUCAUGUCUCUGAUCAUCGUUCACCAACUGGAGGACAAGAUGAAAGCUCACGGCUGCUUCAUGGACUUCCUGCUGCAGGUGGGUCUUCUGGACCGCCUCACCCAGGUGACGGUGCGUUCGAGCCCCAUGGCAACGCGUCUGCUGCUGUGCGAGCAUGCCGAGAAGCUGAUGGCCGCCAUGGUCCUGAAGAACCACCACACCAAGCACGGCGAGCUGGUGAACCGGGCCAUCAGCGCGGCCCUGCAGAGGAGCGGCACCUCCAUCCCGCCCAGCCUCACUCCGGCCGACGUCUUCUUCAGAGAGGUGUCUCAGAUCUCCUCGGUGUUCGAUUGCCUGCUGGAGGAGGAGGAGCGGAGUCUGAAGGAGUACCCGGUUGACUCUGUGCAGUGGGCUGAAGUGGUGCUGAUAGUUAACAGCAUCAUCAAGGACAUGCUGCAGGCUGCGUGUCAGUAUAGAAACACCAAGGCUUCCAUGUACAGAGCCCCUGAAAGAGCUGCAGUGGAGCCGGAGUACAUCCCCUGGACAGCGUCAGGCGGCAUCGGAGGCGUCCGCUCCGUCAUUUCCCGCCAGCACAACAUCGUCCUGUCCUCGGUGUACCCGCACGCCGACUCCCAGCUGCGCAGCUCCCUCUGUGAGCAGCUGGUGGCGCUGUUGGACAUCUACCUGAGCAGCUACGUGGCCCAGCUGACCUCCCUGCAGCAGCCGAGGCCCGCAGGAGCCCAGCAGGAGCGCUACAACAGCCUGGAGAUGGAGUACAGCCAGCGCCGCUCCGAGCUGCUCUCCCCGCUGCUGGAGCUGGGUCAGUACCAGUGGGUGGCAGCGCUGGCAGAGAAAUACUGCGACUUUGACAUCCUGGUCCAGAUGUGCGAGCAGACCGACAACCAGAACCGCCUGCAGCACUACAUGGCCAAGUUUGCAGAUCAGAACUUUUCUGACUUUGUGUUUCGGUGGUACAUGGAGAAGGGGAAGAGGGGGAAGCUGCUGUCCCAGCCGGCUGCGCAGCACCAGCAGCUGGCCAGCUUCCUGAAGUCCCACCAGCACCUGAGCUGGCUCCACAACGUCCACGUGCACGACUACCAGAGCGCCUUCAGGACGCUGUACAGCCAGGCCACCGCGGAGACGCGCUACUUUGUGAAGAAGAAGACGCUGCUGGCGCUCAGUAAGCUGACGGCGCUGGCCUCAGAUCUGCCCGACGACCAGAUCAACAAACAAGUGGACGAGAUCGUGGAGCAGGAGCGCUUCCUGCUCCACCAGGAGACUCUGCCCCGGCAGCUGCUGGAGGAGAAGCAGCAGAACCCGGACACCAUGCCUCUGCUCAACGCUCACAGCCUCAUCCAGCUGUACAUCUGCGACGACAACAGACGAGCCAACGAGUACGACUUCAAGAAGGCUCUGGACCUGCUGCAGUACAUGGAAGAGGAGGACGCCGUGGACAUCGAGGCGUUAAAAUGUGAAAUCUUUGGCAAAGCUCUCAAGAGGGACGACUGGUCGACUGCAGACGGAAACGAUGAUCCUCUGGAAGCUGCUAAAGACAGCAUCUUCGUCAAGAUCCUCCUCAAACUCAUGCAGGAAGGUGUUUCUCUGCAGACGUACCUGCCUGACGUCAAGGAGCUGCUGGAUCUGGACGAGCUGAGCAGUUUGAAGACCAAACCGUACUUUGAGUUUGUCCUUCGAGCCAAUUAUGAACAUUACCUGCAGGCUCAGAUGUGACGGCAGCACAGCUUUGACUUUUCUCUCCCCUGUUUUGAAAUGCUCUUUUCUAAAUAAACGCGUUUGUAUUCCUGCACCUACA